AUGUCUGACGAACGCCGCCCGCGAUCGCGCUUUGAUAGCGACGACGCUGAACGCCCAGCACGUUCUCGCUUCGACACAGAGCGCCGCUCCAGGUCACCGUCGCGAAGGGAGCCCGAGUCGCAUCGCGCACGCAGCCCCAUUGCGCGCGAGGCCUCAGACAGCCCCUCGACCGCCGGCGCCACGAAGAACAAGGCUGCUGCUGCAGCGGCCGCGGCGGCUGCGAGGAUCAACGCGCAGAUCCAGGCGAAGAAGGGCAUUCAGCAUGUAGAUGUGCCGCCUAUUCGCUCUGUGCCUACUCCUCCAGUCGUCAAGUCGCCUUCUUCCAACUCGGCCGCGCAGUUGAACAGCGAGACGUACCAGCAAGACGGUGACUACAUCAAGGACAUUGAGAUCAACGAUCUCCGGAACCGAUAUACACUGACCAAAGGAGCUGUACAAAAGAGGAUCAAAGACGACACUGGCGCCGAUGUCACCACGCGAGGCGAAUACUACCCUGACAAGAACAUGGCUACUGUUACUAACCCACCUCUCUAUCUUCGUGUCACGAGCACGUCCAAGGACGGCCUGGACUUGGCUAUCAAGAUGAUCGAGGAUAUGAUGAAGGAAGACCUCCCUAACCUCGUAGAUGAACGUCGGUUCCGUCGCCGCGAACCAGAGAACUUUGAGCAGAAAAUCUCCGUAGGUCUUGAACCCAUUAGCGGCUUUAAUCUACGAGCUCAGGUCGUUGGCCGUGGUGGCGACAACGUCAAAUACAUUCAACAGGAGACAAGUUGCAAAGUCCAAAUCAAGGGCCGUGGCUCAGGCUUCAUGGAGCCCCAGUCUGGCCAAGAGAGCGAUGAGCCUAUGUAUCUCCACAUUGCUGGUCCCCGUCCCGAAGGUGUAGCACAAGCGAAGCACCUCUGUGAAGAGCUCCUCGAAAAGGUAAAGACAGACUAUCAAGCAUUCAAGGACCGCCCGCCGCCAAACCGCUACGGCGAUAGGGACGGCCACUCAAAUGGACGACCAGGAUAUGGUGACCGUGGCGAUCGAGGCGAUCGCGGCGGCGACCGUGACCGAAGCCAGAGCUACGGAUACGGUGGCGGAGGAGGUCAUGGCGGUCAUGGUGGCCACAAUGGCCACGCAGCUCAGGACCCGGUCAUGUCUCCUAUAGCUGCAACACCGACCGAUCCGAAUGCUCAAGCAACCGACUACAACGCUCACCUUCAGUGGGCCGCCUACUAUCAGGCAAAUCCGGAAUCAGAUCCCUAUGCUGCUUACGGUGGUUAUGCAGCAGUUAUGGCUCAAUAUUCGCAGGGUUACGGCCAGUACUACGGACAAGCUUAUUCAACGCAGUCUCCUGCUCCUGGUGCUGGAGGUGCUGCACCACCACCACCUUCAGAGCCUGCUCCACCGGGUUAUGGUGCUGCUCCUCCUCCGCCGCCUCCUGCCGGAUCGCCUCCCGGCGGUUACAGCGCGGUCCCACCACCGCCUGGUUUGUAAGUGCUUGAAAACGACUAUAGUUACGCACUUACAGCAGCCCCCCUUCUACUUGACCUCUUUGAAUGAGCUCUUAGUUCGAUCCUUUCUAUAUCAACUGAUGUAGAUACAAUGGUUUCAGGCCCUUCCUUACGUGCUUUGGUACGAUCUAUCCAUUCGUCACCACCUAGCCAUGCAGAUUGGACUCGC